AUGCCUUCUUUGCAGCACCCGUUUCAGUGCCUGCGAUAUGUUGCAAGAGAAUCAGCAGGCCAGUCUGAUUUGCUGAUUGCGACUGCUGGGGCCAAAUUGUAUUCAUACUCUGCUUCUACUGGCGAGUGCCUAGAUGUCUUUCCGGGUACCAAUGACUCGACUGGGUCGGAUGAUCUUAAGAGUCCCCCGGGCAAGAGACGCAAGCUAUCUUCGCCUGAGCAAAAUGACGAGCAAUCCGAGUCUGCGGACAAGGAAUCUCAGGAAGAGGUCAAGCUCACCUGGUCCAAUAUCCCCCUCCUUAUUGUGGCCAAAAGCAAAUAUGUAAUCUUCCUUACCGCUGAAGACAAGUGUAUCCGAGUCUACAGCCUGAGCGAAAAUGGAAGAUUCCUUAAAGAGAGUGUCCGGACUAUGCCAAAACGGCCAAGUGUGCUGGCUCUGACACCUGAUGAGAAUGACAUCCUGUGCGCUGACAAGUUCGGCGAUGUGUACAUCAUUCCAGUGAUUCCCAGUUCAGACUACAAGCGAGCCGUGGCCGAAGAGAAAGAGUAUGCUCCAGCUGCCACAAAUCUUACUGUGCACACCAAGCGCAACCUUAUCUCGUUACAGCAGCAGGAAAGACACGCUGCGUUGAAGAAGAAAGCUGCGGUGGAGGCUACCGCACUCAACUUCGAGCACCAAGCCAUUAUCGGCCAUGUUUCUAUGCUGACAGACAUGGUUUCUGUCACCCGGCCUGCAGACUCAAUCGUCAGUCACCCAAGGAGUUACAUCCUGACUGCGGAUCGUGAUGAGCAUAUCCGUGUAUCCCGUGGUCACCCCCAAGCGCACGUUAUUGAGCAAUACUGCUUUGGUCACACUUCUUUCAUCAGCAAGCUUUGCAUUCCUUCCUGGGCACCAAAUGUCCUCAUUUCGGGCGGUGGCGACAAGCAUUUGUUCGUGUGGAACUGGGCUGAAGGACAGGUCUUGCAGAAGGUCACUCUGCCUGAGUCAGAACCCGAUAUCAGUGUUUCUGGAAUCUGGCCUGUCUCUGAUAAUGCCAGUGGCAUGAAGAGCAUCUUUGUUGCAUUUGAAGGAUCUUCCCAACUUCUUUGCUACACCCUCGAAAACGACAACACGCUAAAUCAACAAGAGACCCUACAGCUUUCGGGCAACGUCAUUGAUCUGGUUUCUAUCGGUUCAGACGGCACCAUUGCUGUCUCUGUGGACAACCUGCGGGAACGCAACUCGACCAGUGUUUGGAGAUCAACCCCCCAGGCUAGUCUGGAAGCCUUCCGGGUUGAGGCUGGAAAAUGGGUCCCUACCGAGAAUUCUGUUGUGUCUAGAAUCAAUGCCGAUGGCAGCACAAUCGUUCAGGCGGAUCUGGACGAGAAGUCCACCAAGUCGCUGAACGACCAAAUGUACAGUUUGUCGGUUCUCCGAAAGAACCCUGCGUGGGAUUGA